CGUAGUUUGUCCGCAGUUUUGUUUUGGAAGCGGAAAGGAGAACAAAGAAAAAACGGCACCGUCUUGUCUGGAAAAAACGAGUUCACUAAACAUUCGUAUAAUGGAAGGAGAACGAUAAGGAUCAGUCCGGAUUGUAAUAUCCACUCGUCAACAGCAAAGCUAUGGUGCUCCUGUUACUGUGAAGAUCACGUACAAUACACAUCACUGUGUUUGCCAGUAAAGAAGAAACAUUAGCUGAGCUAGACAAUGUCUGACAAGACCGAGAACCAAACCUCAGAGCUUCCUGAUGCACACAGAGGGCGCCUAGAGGAAAACCCGGGCACUGGGCUAUUAAAUGUGAAGGAAGAGGAUGAGACAGAUGACAUGAAUAGUCAUCAGACUGAAAUACAUUGCUCCCUCCCUGCCGACGAAGAUAACGCUGAUAUAAUGAAAUUUGAGAUAACAGAAGAUCUGUGUGUGAGGCAGCAGCUGGAAGCAUUAGAUAAGGAAACCAGGGACAGUAUCAGCACAGGUAGCUUCAAAAACUGCAAUAAUCCUGGUUAUAGUCAGAGUGCAGAUGCGUCGCUGAAUGUUCUUCAAAAUAAAAGAAGCCACAUGAAAAAGAUUUGUCUUGAAUGUGGGAAAUGUUUUACCUACAAAUCACAACUUAUUAGACAUCAGAAUAUUCAUACAGGAGAAAAUGCAUUUUCAUGUUCUGAAUGUGGAAAAGGAUUUAACUGGAAAUCACAUCUUACUGACCAUUUAAAAAUACAUACAGGUGAUAAACCAUUUUCAUGUUCUGUGUGUGGAAAAUGUUUUACCACUAAAUCGCAACUUGGUAGACAUCAGAAAAUUCAUACAGGAGAGAAAGCAUUUUCGUGUUCUGAUUGUGGGAAAUGUUUUGCUCACAAAUCAACUCUUGUUACUCAUCAGACAAUUCAUACAGGAGAGAAAACAUUUUCAUGUUCUGAAUGUGGGAAAUAUUUUAGUAGUAAAACAAAUCUUAUUACUCAUCAGAAAAUUCAUACAGGUGAUAAACCUUUUUUAUGUUUUAUAUGUGGGAAAUGUUUUACCACUAAAUCCCAACUUUGUAGACAUCAAAAAAUCCAUACUGGAGAGAAGGCAUUUUCAUGCUCUGAGUGUGGGAAAUGUUUUGCUCACAAAUCAACUCUUAUUACUCAUCAGACAAUUCAUACAGGAGAGAAAGCAUUUUCAUGUUCUGAAUGUGGGAAACACUUUAGCAGUAAACCAAAUCUUCUUACUCAUCAGAAAAUUCAUACAGGAGUAAAAGUAUUUUCAUGUUCUGAAUGUGGUAAAUGUUUUACUCUGAAAUCAACUCUUAUUACUCAUCAGAAAAUUCAUACCAAAGGAGACAUGAUAUUUUCAUGUUCUGAAUGUGGGAAAUGUUUUACAUGGAAAUCUCAACUUAUUAUUCAUCAGAAAACUCAUACAGGAGAGAAAGAUUUUUCAUGUUUUGAAUGUGGGAAAUGUUUUAUGUGGAAAUCACAACUUAUUACUCAUCAGAUAAUUCAUACAGGAAAGAAGGCAUUUUCAUGUUCUAAAUGUGAGAAAUGUUUUACUCAGAAGUCAACUCUUCGCGCACAUCAAAAAAUUCAUACAGGAGAAAGGGCAUUUUCAUGUUCUGAAUGUGGAAAAUGUUUUACCUGGAAAUCACAAUUUAUUGCUCAUCAGAAAAUUCAUAUAGGAGAGAGAGGAUUUUCAUGUCCUGAAUGCGAGAAAUGCUUUACUAGGGAAUCACACUUUAUUAAUCACCAGAAAAUUCAUACAGAAGUGAAAGGAUGUUCAUGUUCAGUAUGUGGGAAAUAUUUUACCAAGAAAUCAAAUCUUUCUGCUCAUCAGAAAAUUCAUACAGGAGAGAAAGCAUUUUCAUGUUUUGAAUGUGGGAAAUGUUUUACUCAAAAAACAACUCUUAUUACUCAUCAGAACAUUCAUACAGGAGCAAAAGUAUUUUCAUGUUCUGAAUGUGGGAAAUUUUUUAACCACAAAUCAAAUCUUAUUAUUCAUCAGAAAAUACAUACAGGAGAAAAAUAAUUUUUCAGCAACCCGCACCCGUGACACUGAUAUUUUGUCAAUUAAAAAGAACACAUGAAAUCCUAAGAAAAAGUUAAUGAAUUUCUCUAUUGAUUGUGAAUUAGUCACUGGUAUUUUGUUUUGUAAUAAUAGCAUUUGGAACAUUCUGACAUUGAAUUAAUUAGAACAAAAACAUUUUUUUAUAAUACUAUAGAUAAUUUUGUAGGGCCAGCUUCCAUGAGUAAAAAAAAAAAAAAGAGGGAAUAUAUGAUAUAUAAAAAUGUAGACGUUACCAUUUCUGUAAAAAAAAAUAAUUAAAAAAUGGUGUACAUCA